AUGGCCCAUCCUUCUUAUACUGAAUCUCUGUCAUUUGGGGCUCAGGGUCAACAAAGUGUGCCAUUUCAGACCAACAAGGCUUCUCUCCAGUUUUGUCUGUUACAUGGAAACUUAGAUAUUUGGGUCUGGGAGGCCAAAAACCUUCCUAACAAGGAUAAGUUUCAUAAAAGUUUAGUGGACAUAAGCCAUGGCAUGCUUUCGAAAUUACCUGGGAAAUUUGGCAGCAAAAUAGAAGAGCAGAUGUCUAAGAAGAUAACCAGUGAUCCCUAUGUCAUAGUAUCAGUACUAGGCGCUAUAAUCGGGAGGACUUUUGUGAUAAGUAACAGUGAGAACCCUGUUUGGAAGCAGCAUUUUAAUGUUCCUGUUGCACAUUCUGCUGCAGAAGUGCAUUUUGUUGUCAAAGACAAUGAUGUUGUUGGUUCGCAGAUUAUGGGUGCUGUGGGAAUUCCAGUUGAGGAAUUAUGCUCUGCCUCUGGCAUGAAGAUUGAGGGAACCUUCCCCAUCCUCGGUGAUAGCGGGGAGCCUUGUAAGGCUGGUGCUGUAUUGAGUUUAUCGAUUCAGUACACCCCAGUGGACAAAGUCAUGAACCUUUAUCAUGGGGUCCCUGGCACCUACUUUCCACUUAGGAGAGGUGGAAAAGUGACACUCUAUCAAGAUGCUCAUGUUCAUCAUCAUGAUGGUUGCCUUCCCAAUUUGAAGCUUGAUGGUGAUGUUGAGUAUGAGCACAGGGAUUGUUGGCAUGACAUCUAUGAAGCAAUAAAACAGGCACAACGUUUGAUAUACAUUGCAGGGUGGUCGGUGAACUACAAUGUUAGACUAAUUCGAGAUGGUAAAAGCGCAACUGAUAAUUGCAUGUUGGGGGAUCUUCUCAAGGCCAAAUCACAGGAAGGUGUAAGGGUGCUGCUCCUUGUAUGGGAUGAUCCUACUUCUCACAGCAUUUUUGGAUAUAAAACAAAAGGCCACAUGGGAACCAAAGAUGAGGAGACUCGCCAUUUUUUCAAGCACUCUUCGGUGAAAGUGCUUCUGUGCCCUCGAUCUGGUAGAAAACGUCAUAGCUGGAUCAAGAAAAUGGAGGCUGGCAUAAUCUUUACCCAUCAUCAGAAAACAGUGAUUGUGGAUGCUGAUGCAGGUCAAUAUAAAAGAAAGAUGGUGGCAUUUGUUGGAGGUCUUGAUCUAUGCAUGGGCCGAUAUGACACUCCAAAACAUUCUCUUUUCAGUACACUACAAACAGUGCACAAAGGCGACUUUUAUAACCCAAGCUUCACGGAGCCUCCUGUUGGUUGUCCAAGACAACCAUGGCAUGAUUUGCAUUCUCGUAUUGAUGGUCCAGCUGCAUAUGACAUCCUCACCAAUUUUGAGGAGCGCUGGUUAAGGGAAGCAAAACUCCACGGAAUUCAACGCUUUUUAAAGGAAGCAAAACUCCACGGACUUGAGAAGCUAAAAGCAUCGCAUGAUGAUGAUGAUGCGCUACUCAGGAUUGAAAGAAUUCCUCAAAUCAUUGGUAUGGCAGAUAUUCCUUGCCAAAGUCACAAUGAUCCAGAUGAUUGGCAUGUACAGGUUUUUCGUUCAAUUGAUUCCAAUUCUGUGGAAGGAUUUCCAAAGGACCCAACAGAUGCUACGAAAACGAAUCUUGUAUGCGGGAAGAAUGUACUUAUAGACAUGAGCAUCCAUACAGCAUAUGUGAAUGCAAUCCGUUCUGCCCAAAAAUUCAUUUAUAUUGAGAAUCAGUACUUCCUCGGAUCUUCAUUCAACUGGGAUUCUCACAAAGAUUUAGGUGCAAACAAUUUAAUACCAAUGGAAAUUGCUCUCAAAAUCUCCAACAAAAUAAAAGCGAAGGAGAGAUUCUCUGCAUAUAUUAUUAUCCCAAUGUGGCCAGAAGGUGUUCCUACAAGCACUACCACUCAGCAGAUUCUGUAUUGGCAGCACAAAACAAUGCAAAUGAUGUAUGAAAUGAUUUACAAGGCUUUAAAGGAGGUUGGACUUGAGAACAAGUAUGAGCCACAAGACUAUUUGAAUUUCUUUUGCCUUGGCAAUCGUGAGGCACCAGACAGGGAAGUCAAUUUAGACGAAAGCAAUUCAACUGCUGAACAGAGUACUCCUCAAGCUCUUACUCGGAAGAGUAGGCGUUUUAUGAUUUAUGUCCACUCAAAAGGAAUGAUUGUGGAUGAUGAGUAUGUCAUACUGGGGUCUGCAAAUAUCAACCAGCGGUCAAUGUCUGGCACCAGAGACACUGAAAUAGCAAUGGGUGCAUAUCAGCCUAAUCACACGUGGCAAACAAAACAUUCUAGUCCACAUGGACAGAUCUAUGGAUACAGAAUGUCAUUAUGGGCAGAGCACACUGGAGUGCUGGAGGAAUGCUUCAAGCAACCAGAGAGCCUUGAAUGUGUGAGACAGGUACGGUCCAUGAGCGAGCUCAACUGGAGACAAUAUGUAGCUGAUGGGGUAACAGAAAUGAAGGGUCACCUAUUAAGGUAUCCAGUGGAAGUUGAUCGAACAGGCAAAAUGAAGCCUCUUCAUGGGUGUGAGACAUUCCCAGACGUGGGUGGGAAUGUAACAGGGACAUUUCUACGCGAUCUAAAAAAUCUCACUCUAAAAAAUGCCACCAUCUAAUCUACUUGAUGAUACCCAUUUCAGAAUGGCUGGCAGUUUACUCCAAUUUAAGUUCUCCAGGGAAGUGAAGAGUGUGCUUUUACCCAUUGUUUAACAAA